AUGUGGCAGAGGGCAUCAUGCUGGUCAUUAGCCCUUGUUCUCUUCAUUUUUCUGCUUUUCAAUGCUUUCCAAGUCCCUUGUGGACAUGCGGGAUGCAAGUGGUACUUCAAGACUACCACUGGAUGUACCAAGCACAUCCUUUCUGCCAAUCCCAUCAUGUCUUUCCCACCUCCAGAGGACUACAAUAAUGGUCUGGCAGAUGUAGAGCCUGGUAUAUUCCAGGAUGCUCCCGAUGAUGCCAAUUUCUCAGACUAUUUGGAUCCUGCUGCUGAGGAACCAAGAUCCUCCCCUCUACCUGAUGUACACACAGAGUUUUUUGGGCCCAGAGAUUCACUUAAUCAAAAUCACCAUGCCCUUUUGGAUGGGGGGGUGAAGUGGCAGGGUUUCUUGUACCCAUACUCAGAUGAGAAGCCUGAUGGAAACUACCCACCCUGGAUGGAUGGGAGUUAUGAUGUUUGGUACUGA